UAAACUCGCGCAACAUUCCCUUUAUCCCGUCUACCUUUGUUGUUCGAUAUUUAUAAUAUUUUCUCCUGAAUAUGUGAUAUAUAAAUAAUUUCAAAUUAAUUCACAGCGUCUAAUCGGAUGCGCACCUUCCAAAGCUUGUUGUGCUGUUCUAGAAAUCUCGCCAGCUUAUCUGAUGGAAGCCCGCUAACGACAGCGAGCUAGGAGCUAACUGUAGCUAGCAGCUAGCUGUGUAACAUUAGUUUCGUGUUUUUGUUUUGAUUGAAGAAAAAGUUCAAAGAAAACAGCUUCAGAUAAUUUACCGACAUGACGUCAGCUUCUGCUAAGGUUGGGGAGAUUUUCUCAGCAGCAGGAGCUGCCUUCACCAAGUUGGGAGAGCUGACCAUGCAGCUGCACCCGGUGUCUGACUCCAGUCCUGCAGGAGCCAAAUGGACGGAGACGGAGAUCGAGAUGCUGCGUUUGGCGGUGCGACGAUUUGGUGACGACCUCAACAACAUCAGCACUGUGAUCAAAGAGCGCACUGUCGCUCAGAUAAAGAGCACGGUGAAGAGGAAGUUGUACGAGGACAGCAGGGUCCCCAUUUCCUCUGAAUCCCCGAAGAAAACCGUCAAGAAAGCCGCCGUCGCCAUGACGCCGACGCCAGCCCCCGCCGCCCCCGCCAUGAUCGCCGUGCCGAGCUCGCAGGUCGUCGUGGCGACGGGGAUGCAGAGCAGCCCCUCUCUGGCCCCGCCCAUCAAGAAGCAGAAGACGGCAGACGUGACGCUCAGCGCUCUGAACGACUCGGACGUGAACAGCGACCUGGUCGACAUCGAAGGACUCGGCGACGGCUCGUCCAACAAGAAGCUCAACUUUGACCAAGAGAGCCUCAACCUGGACUCCAGCCUCAUCAUGAACUCCAGUGACCUCCCCCUCCUGUCCCGCUGACCUUUGACCUUCCAGCUGACUCCCAGCAGAGAAACAUCCUCACGCUGAGUCGCCUCCGUCACCGACACGUAUUCUUUUAUUCUUUUAUCGUCUGACGUUCAUCUGUCAAUAUUUAGGAAACGUCUGUUUUAGUUCAUAAACUUCACAUGUAAGAAGUCA